CAGUUCUGUGGAGCAGUGGUGGCCGGCUAGGAUGGGCUCUCUCUGGGGUCUGGCUCUGCCCCUUUUCUUCUUCUGCUGGGAGGUUGGGGUCUCUGGGAGCUCUGCAGGCCCCAGCACCCGCAGAGCAGACACUGCGAUGACAACGGACGACACAGAAGUGCCCGCUAUGACUCCAGCACCGGGCCACGCCGCUCUGGAAGCUCAAACGCUGAGCGCUGAGACCUCUUCUAGGGCCUCAACCCCAGCCGGCCCCAUUCCAGAAGCAGAGACCAGGGGAGCCAAGAGAAUUUCCCCUGCAAGAGAGACCAGGAGUUUCACAAAAACAUCUCCCAACUUCCUGGUGUUGAUCGCCACCUCUGUGGAGACAUCAGCUGCCAGUGGCAGCCCCGAGGGAGCUGGAAUGACCACAGUUCAGACCAUCACAGGCAGUGAUCCCGAGGAAGCCAUCUUUGACACCCUUUGCACCGAUGACAUCUCUGAAGAGGCAAAGACACUCACAAUGGACAUAUUGACAUUGGCUCACACCUCCACAGAAGCUAAGGGCCUGUCCUCAGAGAGCAGCGCCUCUUCCGGCGGCCCCCAUCCAGUCAUCACCCCCUCACAGGCCUCAGAGAGCGGCGCCUCUUCCGACAGCCCCCAUCCAGUCAUCACCCCCUCACGGGCCUCAGAGAGCAGCGCCUCUUCCGACGGCCCCCAUCCAGUCAUCACCCCCUCACGGGCCUCAGAGAGCGGCGCCUCUUCCGACGGCCCCCAUCCAGUCAUCACCCCCUCAUGGUCCCCGGGAUCUGAUGUCACUCUCCUCGCUGAAGCCCUGGUGACUGUCACCCACAUUGAGGUUAUCAAUUGCAGCAUCACAGAAAUAGAAACAAUGACUUCCAGCAUCCCUGGGGCCUCAGACACAGAUCUCAUCCCCACGGAAGGGGUGAAGGCCUCGUCCACCUCCGAUCCACCAGCUCUGCCUGACUCCACUGAUGCAAAACCACACAUCACUGAGGCCACAGCCUCUGCCAAGACCCUGUCCACAGCCGGCACCACAGAGUCAGCCACACCUGAUGCCACAGUUGGGACCCCACUCCCCACCAACAGCACCAUAGAAAGAGAAGUGACAGCACCCAGGGCCACGACCCUCAGUGGAGCUCUGGCCACAGGGAAUCCCCUGGAAGAAACCUCAGCCCUCUCUGUUGAGACACCAAGUUACGUGAAAGUCUCAGGAGCAGCUCCGGUCUCCAUAGAGGCUGGGUCAGCAGUGGGCAAAACAACUUCCUUUGCUGGGAGCUCCGCUUCCUCCUACAGCCCCUCGGAAGCCGCCCUCAAGAACUUCACCCCUUCAGAGACACUGACCACGGACAUCGCAACCAAGGGGCCCUUCCCCACCAGCAGGGACCCUCUUCCUUCUGUCCCUCCGACUACAACCAACAGCAGCCGAGGGACGAACAGCACCUUAGCCAAGACCACAACCUCAGCGAAGACCACGAUGAAGCCCCCAACAGCCACGCCCACGACUGCCCGGACGAGGCCGACCACAGACGUGAGUGCAGGUAAGUGGCUCCUGCUGGUGAUCUUUGGGGAUUUGGGAUGCGGAGUUUCCAGGACAUCUCCGCACUUGAGGAGUGGAGAGGAAGGAAGGAUCUGGAGCCUACUCAGAGCCUGCUCCUGAUGUUGCCUCUUCGUGAUCUUCUAGUGGUUCUUGGCGAAAUCAGGAAAAGGCAGAUGGAGGGUUGUGUAUGGAAAGGGGUGGGGAUGGAAGUCCGGAGAAAUGGUUUGCGGUCUCGGCUCUGCCUGUAACAACCCGAGUGACCUUGGGCAAGUCCCUGUCCCUCUCUGGGCCUCAGUUUCUCCACCUGUAUUUGGAGAGGGUUGGAAUGGGCACUGAAGUCCUGUCCAGCUCUGACCUUCUAUGAAAUUCACUGUUGAGCAGCUCUGGAAGCUUCUAUUCCAGCCAUAGCCACACAGAGGAGCAGCAGGCAGGCAUCAGGCCCAAGCUGCUGCUCUCUGAUGGGCUCGGACCCCAUGAAAGUGGGGCCUGCUGGAUGCAUUUCCUGGGAUUAUGUGGAAGCUGAUCAGGUUGCUGGGGCAAGUGGAGGCAGGAUAGAGGUGAAGGGCCGUGGGAUGGAGAAUCUCAGAAGACUCCAUCUGGGGUCCGGGAAAGGACAGAGAAGGUAUAUUAGGGAUCGGGUCCUCCAGAUCUAAGGGUGGGGUGGUGGCAUGUUUCUUGAGUUGGUUCCUGGAAAGGGAGCUGAAAUGGUUUAAUCCCUCUUCCAUGAAACGCAGGCGGUGGGGACAGCCACCAGACAGGAAAACACACUGUACAUUGAUCCUUUUAUGACUUUUGUGAAAUUGAUGGACAGGCAGGCAGGGAGGGGUCCUGGGAGAGAGUCUGGGGCACUCCAUCUUGGGGUAACUCUUUUGCUCUCCUCCUUUAAUUAUAAUAUUAAAUAAUUAAAUAAUAAAUAAUUAGAGAAGUGCACAGAUACACAUGCCCCUGGACGUUCAGAUCAGCGUGGUGGAUAAUAGUAACAACGUUUCAGAAGUAGAGUCUGGUUAAAUAAACUACUGCACAUCCUUACCAAGGGAUGGUGCUUCCUAUGGAAAAAGUUUCCUAGGGAAAAAGGUUCCUGUGGAAAAAGGUUCCUAUGGAAAAUGCUUUCCUGAAGAGCACAUGCUUUGAAGGUGGCCAGACUUGGGUGGAAACUGAAACUCUGCUAGUAACUAGAUGUGUAAUUCAGGGAACAUUCCUUCACUCUUUCAGCUUCAGUUUCCUUAUCUUUAAAAGGAAAUGAUCAUAAUAGCACUUAUGCUGCUGUGAGAUUUAAAUGAGAUAAUGUGUCCACAGUACUCAGUACAGUGCCGGACACACAGUAAGCACUCAAUGGUAAUGAUUAUUAUAAUGUAUUUUAAAAUAUGACACUAUAUUCAAACAUACCAUUAUAAUAUGGCAAAUGGGAAUGUGGACACAAUAUAUGAGACAACCUGUUCACAACUGUUUAAUCAGGAGGUUCUCCAGCAUUAGGAGAGAUUUGAUCUUCAAUAAAAAAUCAAUGUGUGAAGGUUCCUAGGCAUAAAAGAAAGUUCAGAAGGAUAUGUACGAAAUAUUGUUGUCUCUCCGGGGAUUGGGAUUACAGGAUUUUUUUCCUCUUUUCUUUUUGUUAAGUUUGUGUUUCCUAAAGUUUCUGCAAUAAACAUAUGAUGCUUGUAUAAUAAAAAUUAUAGGUUUUCCUUAAUUGCAUAGUCAGGGCUUGCCUCCCUGCGCCUCCUACCCCAACUCCCCAACAUACAGUAGUUCUGAGGGAUUUCACCCCCUGCUCCGGGAGAGAGUGGGCUUAGCCUGG